UCCACGCAGUAGCAGUACUACGUCUUCCAAAUUAAGAUGUUCUUCCUCGCCAAUAGCUCAUAUGCUAACACAUCCUGUGAUACCGUACAAAAUCAUUUCAUAUACAAUCUCACUUCCUCUUACACAGACCAGACAAAUGAGGCCACCAUGGUGCUCACCUCGGUCGUCAUGUUCAUGCUCGCCGCUCUCUUCUUCAGCCUCAAUCUCUUCAGCCGUCUGUCCGAUCUGAGCGCCAUCCUCAACCCCAGUGUCCGCCUCUUCCUCUCCACCUCGCUGUCCCUCUUCCUCCCCGUCAUGUCCUACCUCUUCUCCGAGGCCAAGAACGAGGCUGCCGCCUUGGUUGUUGGCAACACCGAUAGCUCCAGUUAUUACAGCCAGCUGGGUACCGAGCUGUCGCUGCGUGCUCGGACCAUCCUCAUGUGGAUGCUUCUGGUGGAACUCCUCCGCAAGAAAGUGGAGGCCAUCUUGGUGAACGAGGCUGUCAAGUCCUACACCAGCACCAUCGAUCGCGCUUCCCGGAUCGCUUGGCUGGGCUACCUUGUAUUCUACAACCUCAGAAGCACCGGCAAGAAGGCGGUCUAUGGAAUCUUAUGGGUCCUCGGUGCUGCCAAGUUUCUCCAGAGGCUCGCCAUCAAUGAGCUGCUCAGGCGUUCCUUGGCCUAUGGCAAGAACGCCGAGCUGCUCAGCUCGUACAUGGCCCAGAUAAUGUGGCAAGAGCAAGAUAAUCAGCAUCAGGCCGGGGUCAUUGAUGAGGGAGCAGAUGGAGUUGAGCUGUUGAGGAGGUGCAAGUACGCCUUGAUGGGAGAAGAGGACUUGGAGGUGAAGGCUGGCCCUAACGGCUACGAAAUCGAGCUAAAGAACAACACCAUUGUUACAGUUGGUGAUGUUUGGAGGCUCGCAGACUACGGCGACAAGGAAGACCGAGUCGAACAAGACUCAAUGCUUAAAAGGCUAUGCCUCUCCUUCGCACUCUACAAGCUGAUGCGUCGAAGAUUCGAGGACCUCCCCCCUAUCACCGAUGAUGAAACCUGCAACUGCCGGAGCCUCAUCUUCAAAGGUCUGCGCAAGCAGCUGCUGGAAGAAGCUGAGGCUGCAUUGUCGUCGUCAACAGCCGGCAGCCACCAAGAAGAUGAGUUAUUGCAUUUGGACGUGGAGCGCAAGGAGGAUCAGAAAGGCAUGGUGGUCGCAGUUGCCCUGUUCCAAGUGUUCGACGAGGAGAUCCAGUUCCUCUUGCUGGCCUUCUGCCUCCUGACUUUCGUCCUCUGUGGCAACGGGGACGUGGUCUAUGCGUACCAAAGCAUCACCAAUGACAACUACAUCAUAUCCACCGGCACCAUGAAGUUGGCCGUAUGCCUCCUGAAAAGAAUCAGCAAGUCACCGGAGGCGCUCUUCAGCAUCGUCGAUCUAGCAAUCACCAUGCUGCUCCUGCUCACCUUCCUCUACGAGGAACUCUGGGAGUACCUUGUCUUCAUCCUCUCCAACUGGCUCAUGGUGUCACUGCUCUGCAAGUAUACCGCCGCCAAGCGCCACUGGUGUGAGCCGCAUGACAGCCGUAGCAUCUCAUUCUUAAGCAGACUCAUCCGCUCGAUCCUAUGGGUACGGAGUAAGAUGAGCCACCGGAACCUUUAUUUCAAGCAAUUCUCCAUGCUUGGGUUCACCGGCGGCCGAUCUUACGCCUGCAUGAUGAUGAGGCCUAAUACUAAUACUACGGUAGUGCCCAUGGAAGUGAAGAAGUCAAUCAUGGAAUACCUAAUGGAUGCCCACACGGCUAGCGCUUCCCGCCCACUCAGCAACGGCUGGUCCACUCUGCAGUUGGAGAAGCACGACCACCGGCUGAACAGCAGCGCCUCACGGCUGUCGUCACAAUGUGAGAGCAAGAGCGUCGCUGAGGUUAUCAUCACCUGGCACGUCGCCACCAGCAUUCUAGAAUUCAAGUGCCCGAUGCCGACAGGAGGCCGAGCUCGUCGGCACGGGCAUCGGCAUCGCAAUGUGGCGGCGGCGCUGUCCGGGUACUGUGCUUACCUGGUGGCCCAUUACCCAGAGCUGCUCCCAGACAACAAAGAUGGGACAUCGCGUGUGUACAACGAGAUGCAACAAGAGCUGAAGAAGGAGCUAGGAGGCUGUUUGAGGUACCGCAUGUCGUCUCCAGGCGCCCGGUACAACAAGCUGCUGAGCGAGACGGCAAACAAGGAGAUCAAUUCAUCGUCGGUGGCGACGGCGGCGGCGAUGGUGCAAAAGGCGGCAAAGCUGGGGAAAACACUGGUGGAGAUGGCAAAGCAAGAGGAGGAUCAUGUGUGGGAGCUGCUGGCCGACCUUUGGACGGAGCUCAUGGUGUACGUGGCUCCGUCGGGCGGCGAGCUGCACAUGAAGGCGCACAAGGAGGCAUUGGCGCAUGGGGGCAAGUUCAUCACCGUGCUCUGGGCACUCUGCACCCACACUGGCAUAACCAGGCCGGCCAUUGCACCAUGGGAGGCUGCACGUCGUAACUUGGAACCAUAGAGAUCGAUCGACAUGCCCUUCGUCUCUUUGGAUCGAUGCCGUGCUGCAUCGAUUAGAUGGAUCAUGUUUCUGGCAAUAAAUUACGUUUCAGUGUUAAGUCUUCCCGCGACAUGUUAACUUUCAGGCUUGCGUUUGCACACUAAUCCAUCUCAAAAGAAGCUAUGUCCCUAAAUUGAUGUAAACAUAUUGCAUUGGAGUUAUUUAUACCUAUUAAGGUCCAGGGACAUGCCCUCCUUUAAAAAACAA